AUGUCAAUAUUAUAUCCAGCAGUUGUAAUAGAUAAUGGUUCUGGUUAUUGUAAAAUAGGUAGAGCAGGUGAAGAUGCACCAAGAAGUUGUUUUCCAACUAUUGUAGGAAGAUUAAAAUAAAAAGAUGUCAUUGGUUCUACACAAAAAAGAGAUGCUUAUAUUGGAGAUGAAGCACAAGUCAAAAGAGGAAUUUUAAAUAUAAAAUAACCUAUUUAAAAUGGAAUAGUAUAUUGUUGGGAUGAUAUGGAAAGAAUUUGGCAUCAUGCAUUUUACAAUUAAUUACGUGUAUCUCCUGAGGAUUAAGCUAUUUUUCUGACUGAAGCUCCAAUGAAUCCUAAAUUUAAUAGAGAAAGAAUGAUAUUGAUAAUGUUUGAAACUUUUAAUGUUCCAUCCUUUUAUGUUUCCAAUCAAGCUGUUUUAUCACUAUAUGCAUCUGGCAGAACUAUAGGAUUAGUAGUUGAUUCAGGAGAUGGAGUAACUCAUUGUGUACCAGUUUUUGAAGGUUAUUAAAUGCCUCAAGCUAUUACUAAAAUAGAUUUGGCAGGUAGAGCAUGCACAGAUUAUUUAUCACAAAUUCUAAAUGAAUUAGGCUAAUCAUUUACUGAAUCAAAUAAAAGAGAAAUCGUUUAAGAUAUUAAAGAGAAACUUUGUUACACAGCAUUAGAUCCAAUAGAAGAAGAGAAAAUAUAUAAAGAAAGCAAUGCUUAAAAUAGACCAUAUAAAUUGCCUGAUGGGAAUAUUUUGAUAAUUUAAAACUAGAGAUUUAGAUGUCCUGAAAUCUUAUUUUCACCUUAAAUAAUAGGAUUAGAAAUUUCAGGAAUACAUUAUUUAUCAUAUUCUUCUAUUAGGAAAUGUGACCUUGAUAUUAGAAAGGACCUAUACAAUAAUAUUGUAAUAUCUGGAGGUACCACUCUUUUUCCAGGAAUAUAAGAGAGGUUGAAUAAAGAAAUAACUAAUUUGUUACCAUCAUCAAUAAAGAUUUAAGUGAUUGCUCCCCCUGAAAGGAGAUUUUCAGUUUGGAUUGGAGGGUCUAUCUAAUCGACAUUAUCUACAUUCUAACCCCUCUGGAUUACAAGAUAAGAAUAUGAUGAAUUCGGUCCUUCAAUCGUUAACAGAAAAUGUUUCUGA